UUUGACAACAGCCAACUUCACGUCUCUUGCCUGCAUUGCCGACGACUUCCUUUCUAGUUUAUUUCUUAAAGCGGACAAAAUGGUUCAACGCUUGACUUUGAGAAGACGUCUGUCUUACAACACCAAGUCCAACAGGAGGCGUAUUGUGCGCACACCUGGCGGUCGCCUUGUGUACCAAUAUGUCAAGAAGAAUAAGACCGUGCCAAAGUGUGGUCAAUGUAAAGAGAAGCUAAAGGGUAUUCGCCCCACACGCCCAUGUGAACGUUCCCGUCUAUCGAAACGUCAAAAGACCGUUGCCCGUACAUACGGUGGUGUUCUGUGCCACGGUUGCCUGCGUGAGCGUAUCGUUCGUGCUUUCCUAAUUGAGGAACAAAAGAUCGUAAAGGCGCUGAAGAGCCAACGUGAAUUGUUGGUGAAACCAGUCAAGCCCGUUGCUGAGAAGAAACCUGCCAAGGCGCAAGCCAGCAAACAAUCGGCCGGCAAGUCGGCAGCCAAGAAACCCGCCCAGAAAUCCACCGGCAAAUCCAAGAAGUAAACAAUUGUUAACGAUUUAAAUUUGGAUGGGAGGGUUAAAUAUAUUUUUAAUUGAAGUUGGAGAAGAAUGGGUGUGAAUAAUGAAAUUAUACAACUUGUAUAAUGGAUGAAACAAAAUAAAAGCGCUGUUCUUUUUUAAAAA